CCAGUUCCAGUUCCUGAGCGGUGUCACUUGCAACCUGUGGUUGGCAAAGAUCAGAUCUCUGCAAAUGCCCAACGUCCUCUCAUCUUAAAAGGCUGUGUGGGGAAAGUUACAAAUCAAGAAGUGUAUGUGCUCAAUGUCGUUCAUACGAAGGAUCAACAUAUUCUGAAUCUGGACAUCUCAAGAGAAGGAUCAAAAGAAGAAGCCUCAGAGAAACCCCCUGUGCUCAUUGUCAAUGCCAAUGCUCCUCUGUAUAUUUUUGUCAAUGCCAAUGGUUUUCCAGUUACUUUUCAUUUCUCCAAAUUAGUUUUGAUGGUCCCCAAAUCCAAUGUUUCAAGUUUCGAUGCAAAGGAGAGUGAGGAACUUCUACAAUGGGCAAAGCAGGAAUAUGGGGAAGUCUCCUUCUUUGCUGAGCUGGAAAAUGAACCGGUAAUUCUUCUGAAGAGGGAGAAAAAUAAAACUGGACCUGAGUCUUGUGUUCCGCAGGACAAUUUCAACUUUGGGGAUAGGCUGCAAUUACAAAGUAAAGACAUAGAGAGCUGUAGUUAUAAAGCCUCAGCACCGGGCUCAAAGGCUGAAAUAAAUGCCUACAUUGUAGAAGUGACCCACACUGGGCCUCCAUCAAGCCACAACACAAUAGACAUUCACACCACAACUCUCAAUGAACCAUGUGCCAAGCCACCCAUGUUAUUCCUGGUGAGUGACCCCCACUACAAAUGGAAUAUUCCAACCGCAGGAUCUCUCGCUGUACAGGCGUCUGGAACAUAUAAAUUAUUCGGUAUGGAGUUAAAUGCUGACCUGCACGAGACAUAUAAUAAAAUUGUGGAGAAAGCUGAGAAUAUGAGUUCAGAAACCAUAACGCUAAUACGUGUUGCUGAUGCCAGAUCUGUAAACAUAUCUAUGUCAUGUGUACACCACCCAACAACUCCGAGUCCAUCCAUAUCUGAAGGUCAGUGUUUCAGGAGACAGUCAGUGUGUACAGAUGAAUACUUGGUCAUCAAACUGGAAAAGAACCCAGAGUUCAAUUGUCAGCUUCCCGAACCGGAGAACAUACACCUGGAGGACCCUAAAUGUACUGCUAAACUGGAGAACAACUCGCUUGUGCUGGUUGCCUCAAGGAACGAAUGUAUGUCCAAUUACAGGAAUGGGUAUAUGUUAAACUCGCUAAAUAUAAAAGGAGAAUCGGGAAAAGAGUAUAUACAUUGUGAAAGUCCCACCAUCCAAAUAGAAUUGCGCCAUGGUCCUGAUCUCCAGCAGAACACAACCACUUUGGAUCCAGACCAGACUAUUCAAGUGAUGACAUCGGUCAGUAUUCAAAAACAUACUCCUGAGAAUAACAUGGAACUGAGAAUGUGUACUCUGCUGGUGCGGGACAAUGAGCAGAUCCUGGACACAGUGAGGGGCCCAACUAUAGAAGCUAAGAAAUUGGUCUGGACACUUAAUACAAGACUUCCAAUGGUGGAAGCCCCAGUCUGUGCUAAACUCACAUGUACCUUCUGUAUGGCCGACCUAAAGUCGAAACAGAAUUGCCCGGCCCAUUUCCAAAUGCAGAAGUCACUGGACUUGGUUAUUAGACCUCCAAAUCAUAAGCAGGGACUCGGGAUGGGAUCUGUACUGGGGAUCACAUUCGGAGCAUUUGUCAUUGGAGCGCUUCUCACGGCCGCCUUGUGGUACAUCUACACGCACACACGUUCAUCAGUUAAAAUGCAGCCGGUCCCAACACUAACUGGAGGCUCAGAAAGUAGCAGCACAAACCACAGUAUUGACAGCACACAGAGUACCCCGUGCAGUACCAGCAGCAGAGCGUAA